CGACUUUUCACGCCAACAAACACUGAGUUGCGAGUGUCUAACCUCCCGACUCUCUCAAAAUGUCACAGCGGGCUCUUCGACAUGUCAAUGUCGUACAUUCAAGAUACAUUCAUUGCACUCGGUAUCUACGCUCCUACUCUGCCCAAGCUGCUGUUCGACAACUCCCGCAGGACACGGACGCUCCUCCAGAUGACACCCUCGAACCCAGCACAAGCAAAUCAUCAAAUAAUUCAUCGCAAAUUCUCGACCGUGCUGCCAAAUCUACCCUUGUAAUACGACAUCGCGGCAAAAAGACCGAGGACGCGUCUGCACAUUUCUCUGGGAAAGUCUCAGGCGAAUCAUCUUUGAUGCUCAAGGAGCGACGGCACUCUUUGAAGACUGAAGCAUAUCUCGCGAAACUGCAUGCUGGAGGCGUAAAACCUACUAUUGCCGACCUCGAGAUGUUUCGACUUGACAAACAUGCUCGUCCUGAUACUCGUCGAUACGUCGAACAGCAUAACAGUAUCGUGGACAGUUUAUGCCGGGCUUUUACUAGGCAGCAAUUACGGGAAUUCUUAGAGCUGUAUAACGUGGACCCUGCGUCUAUUAGGCCUAAACAUAAGAAGACACAAUAUGCAGAAGCAAUCCUUGAGGACGGCUGGGGCUGGCCGUCGCUGCAAGAACUCGAGAAAUCCAAGAGGGAGCGAACGGAAGUGUCUGCUAAGUUGUACCCGAUGACACGCAGUGAACUGUUCUUGAUGCUUGGUCGCGAUGGCUCCCAGAUGCUAGAGCUUUCUAGGGAGUAUAAUGUCAAUGUUUCGCUUUCUUCCGAACCGCUGGCUCUACGUGUCGAAGGAAUUAUAGCUGCGCUCAAUAGCAUCACGCAGCGAAUAUCUCAACUUAGAGAAUCCUUUGUGAAUGAGGUAUAUCAAUUGCCGACAGCAACUUCCGUGCCCCAAGAUCUUAUUAAACGAAUAUCGCGAUUGGCUAACGCAUUCAUGGAGAAUGUUGGACCAAAUGGAGAGAUCAAGAUCCAUGCCAGAAGUGAACAAAGUCUCGAAAAUGCAAAACGACUGGCCGCUCGUGCGAUGCAUGAGCUUUACGUGUCCUCCCAUAUACCGUCAUUGUCAUAUAAACCGCCGGAGUCGGCUGCAUCGCAUCUAUUAUCCUCGGCUCCACAUGCAUAUUCUCUAUAUCCAUUUUUAUCCCCACGGACGUUACCCUGGACGAUGAAUACGAACGGUGCCUUCAGAUUCCGUAAAGUCGGCGAAUGGCUUGUACAAGCGCAAGGCGAGGAUCUCGAGCGGACAGGUGGGCUCGCUGGCAGUCGCGGAAAAUUGUAUUCUAGAGAAAUGAGUUCUGUCGAUUUGAAAAGCGCAUUUAUGGACAUGCUACCUGAUACGAAUCAAUUUGCGCCGCGAACCAAGAAAAUCAAGGCAUUACUAGGUCAUAUGCUUGUGGCAACGACGUCCUCUGUGCAACAGACUAGUUUGACCCCGCCAUUGAAAGGUUAUCAUCAAUACCCCAAAAUUAUGCAGUGGAUGGAAACGAAUGACGUUCGGACUUCGUUCAUUCCUAGUCUGCCUUCGUCUUUGGUCGACGUGAACCCGAGAAAACAGAAAAUCCUGCAUCGCUUAGUGUAUAAGAGCUAUGAGUCCAUCUCCGACACCGAUGGGCCCGAACUUUUGAGUGACUCGGGUUCUGGAGUGAGAAUGCCAGAAUUGCGCACAGUCACGUUCGAAGUCAUGCUCGCUCAACCAAAGACACCCGUGUAUGAUCCCGGAUUCAAACCUGAAUCUGGCAGUGAAGAUGCGCAAGGGCAUGAUAUAGAUACAGAAACUUUCCAUACUUCACUAUCAGCGAAGGCGUCUUCCACGCUUUCCGCGACAAGUAUAUCGUUAGCUCCACAUUGUUGGACCGCUCAUGAACGGAUCCUGGAUGUCAUGAUGCCUGAUCGUCCCAUGGAUAUGCGCUUGUCCUUCUCGGAAUCGGUCGAGCUCGCUGAGAAGCAAAUGCCUCAAGUUCUGCAAGAUUACUUGUCAGACUUGCGCAGAUUCUUGCAAGGAACCGACGCUGAGAUCACCCAACCCCUCGCGCCUUUGCUGCUUACUCAUAACGGAGAAAAUUAUAUUCUACACUCGAGCGCAAGUGUACGCCAAAGCAUAGAUGAACUUCCUGCUUACGAUGAAGGACGUCCGGAUCCUUCUCUUGCUGUCGUAAGCGAGAGUGUUGUGGAUUUGGAGAGCAGCCAGAAGGCGACUUCAUGCGAGGUGCGUCACCUUCACAUACUUGAAGUAUAUGUAUUGAUAUCUUAUAGAUCGUAUGUCUCAAUCCGAUUUCCGAGUUUGAUUGGAAACAGUUCCUAUCUAGCUGCGACAGGUUGACCACCUCGACGUAUGCUCCGAGCUGGAAGCAGGCACCUUUCCAAGACGAUUUCGACUUUUCAUCGUAGUCUCGUAGACCGUCACAUUCUUGCUUACACGGUAGAUCUAAUAGUAAUAUAAUGACUCCAGAUAACAAAUACGAGAUACUAACAGG